GUUCAACGAAUGAACAGGUUUUUGCGCAGUUCAGUGCUUGUAGCGGUGUUGGCGAUGACCACUUUGCACACUCGUACGAGCUGACUAGCGCUGCUUGCUUGUCGCAGCGGUCGCAGACUCCUAAACCUCAAGAUCCCUAGCUGCCCUAGCCAAUACGUAGCCGCUUGGGCGAGAUAUGCUGUUUUUGUAGCUCGGAACAUAUGUAGUGCGUACUGCUUUGAUAAUGCGACUUACUGAUACAAGUAGUUUUGCUCGGCCUUUAAACGGAAAGGAAAGGGACAAAUGAUCAGCUGUUCCUGAGGUUCCGAAACCAAUGCGACUGUGCGAGCUCGGUUAUGAACUGAAUACAUAAGGAGCCAAGCGCGGUAUUGCAGAAGUGCAAUGUCCAUUCGCACUAGCCGCAAGAUGUUGCCAGCCACACCUGAGCGUGUUGGGGGUCGAUGUUUGCAGCCCUUAGAACGUGACAAUCAAGGUGGUCAUGCCUAUAGUCGAGUCUUUCUUGAGUACUCGCUCAUGUCUGAAUACUUGAUGCUGAUGAAACAGCAAUUAUCUGGAGUGUACGUGAUGCCAUCGGCCAGCUCAGCAUUUGUGUGGUUUGGAGUGUUAUUUAUCCGACAAGGCCUCUAUCAGGGUGGUGUCUUUCGGUUCACUCUCCGUAUCCCGGAAAACUACCCCGAUGGAGACUGCCCGGAUUUGGUGUUUGAGUCGCCCAUCUUCCACCCACUGAUUGACCCUAUUACAGGGGAAUUGGAUAUCAAGCGUAGCUUUCUUAAAUGGAGGAAAAAUGUGAAUUUCUUAUGGCAAGUUCUGCUCUGUGCACGACGUGCCUUCUACAAGAUUGAGACUCAAACGCCUCUGAAUCCUGAGGCGGCCACACUGUACGAGCAGAACUUGGAGCAGUUCAAGCUCAAAGUUGCUGAGAGCCUGGCGAGCUGUGAGCAGCGUCUUUAUGAAAGCCCUGCCACAGAUGACAGCCAUGCCUUACACUUUCUUCCAUGGGAUUCCACUGUGGAGGAACGCGUGGCUCAGCGGCACAUUCUUGACAAGGUUGAAACUGCUGAAGAAACAGUGGAGGACUCGCCUAGUAGUGUUGGCUUAACCUGGGUCAAGCGUGGCUGCAUGCAGGUGUUUUCCAAGACUGCAUCCUGACACCCACCGAAGUGAUUUACCGUGCUGAUUUUGUUGAACUGCCCGUUUGCUGUUGAUGUUUGAUUUACACUGAAAAGCACUUGUUGUAUAAUUAUGAGGUCUUUGUUAGGAAAUUUCUGGGUACAGGUGCAAUGAUUCUUCAUUUAAUUGAAGUUCAGGGCAACCACAAUGUACUGAUGUAAAUGUUGGGGCAAAGCACGCAGGUGAAACGGUGGCAGAGCUGCAUUAUUUCAUUUUAAGUUUUUUUUUUUUUUUUGCAAUAUGUAUGUGAGGGAGCCACUGCCUGUGGUUCAAGUUUGUGCACUUGACGUAUGACCACGAGCAGUUCAGUACUCCAUGCUUAAAAAUUGUUUGAAAAGGUAGACCCUAGAUAAAUGAUUGAAUAUAAAUUAUUACAAUUUAUUUAAGCUGCAUGUUUGAUGAAUUUGCCUGGCAUUGAAAUUGCACACAAAAUUUGUUAUAUUUCACGGGAGCAAAUGUUAUGACAUUCAGCUGUAUUAUGGUAAACUUACAUUGGUUGCAACUAUACCACUGCACCUGCAAGAUGUAAUUAAGGAUCAAGUUUGAUGGUCAGUUCGUGCAUUUAACUUUCAUGCAAUUGUGCUCACCACUACAACUAAAGUUGUGCCGCGCAGCUGUGGUACACAUGUUAUGGUACUUCAGUAUAGUUACUGCAGAAUAUUUGCCGGAAUUCCAGAAGAAUAUGCUAACACAAUGAAGAUAUUGGCAGAUGACCAAAGGUAUUGGCUGUGCAGAUGUUAUUAUCCAGAAAAAGCCGUCUGCCAUUAGGACAUGAAAGGGUGUGCAGUUUGGUAUGACUAUAUUGUGAUAUUUUGGGCCAGUUAAUGCAUAAUGCCAUUGUAAUACCUGGAAAUAUGAUUGUGAGUGCAAAGCUGCUUCUUGUCCUGUCAUGGCUUGCAAGAUUUUUCAUUUUCAACAAACCAGUUUGUCAAAUAUGUAGGUACAUCCUGUCAAUGGCGUAGCCAGAAAUUUAUUUCAGGAGGAGGGGGGGGGUUCCCACUGAUAUGGCUCCUUCACCUCGUCUCUCUCUCUCUCUAUGUAUGUGUGUGUGUGUGUGUGUGCGAGCGCGCGCGCGCGCAUGUGUGUGUGAAGGUUGUACACCACUCAAAGACACACUUCCUGGACAAGAAUGCUUUAACAACGAGGAUGCACAUUUUGCAGCCACUUCGUAUCAAAUUAUGCUAUCAUCCUUAUGCGAUCUUUACAAAUUAAGGUAUUUAAAAAAAUUUUGUUUGUUUAUGAAUUGAUGCAUUUGUAUAAUGUAUGUCAAUGACCUAGCUGGUACAUGACUUGGAAAAACGAACAGCACUAAAAACGGGGCCAUACAAAAACAAGACAGCAUACUAUCGUGUGUCUUCUCGUUUGCAGGCUAGACUUGUUGCAGCCCAGGUAACAGUGGAGAUACCUUUGUUUUCCAGCCAGACCUUCUAGUGAGUUGUAAGGCCACGGCUACGUACAGGAGAGGGUGGGCACUAUUUUGCAAGCUUCCUAUCAAUCAAUCGCACUUUUGACAUUGUGGGCAUGCUAUAUUAUUCUAGAUUUAAAAAUAAAGGAACGAAGCUUUGCGCUAGAACUUUGAUAGUAUCAUAUGAUGCAAGUUUCACUCACUUUUGGUGACCUGCUGUCUGACUUGUUUGAAGAGAUGCUUGGAAGUAACUUGUGAUCAUGGUAUUGUAGUGAUCACGCGAUGCAUAUUGCUAUUUGAUCAGACUCGGGAACUGAUGAGGCAGACAGUCUGAAGCAGGGCUGCUUCCUGUUUAGAAGCCUUUGUGAAAAUUAUGGCAUCCGUUGUUCGCAGUAAAAUACGGGCAGCAUCUGCGAAAGUGUCUCCUGACACCCGGCCGACACAUUUAGUUAGGAUGGGCUCUCCGCAGCAAGCAGCACGUGGUAGGUGAGCCUGAGCUAGGCAGCUGGCCAUUGCUGUCUGGUGUUGAGCCAUCGAGCAGUGACAAGGCCCUCUCCCUAUGUCCAUAAUUAGUAUCUGCCAACUUUGUUUUUGACACCUUUUAUGUGAGUCCCCCCUCUCCCUCUCAUCGUAUCCAUCACCCCACUCCCCUUCUUAAAAUUCUUUUCCUUUAGUCACUGUCAUACUCUUCAGCCUUCACCAGGUUGUUGAUCGGUGUGGCGGCUGCUAACAUUCCUAUGUUUCUGUUUCUGUGUGGCCUUCGGGGCCAUUCUUUUACCUGGCCUCCCACCUGUUUGUCAUGGUGGUUUCUUAGCUUCCCUGGCCCAGCACCCCCGUCCUUGAUAUAUCUUGCCUUGCUCAAAUCAGCAUUUCUUUAAAGCGAAGCUUUCUUCUUUUUAAAGUUUGCUUGUCCGGGGUGGUUCAGAGUGUGUAUAUACAUGGAAGAAGUGUGGCAGAGAGGACAGAAGGUGCGAGAAACUCGUUUGGACCUUUGCACCGCGUUGAAUAUGCACAAUGCCCUCUGGAGCUCCCUGAGCAUUGAUCGCCCCACUAACCUCUUAACAGCUGUAACUAUCUGUGACCCCACACAACACCACUGCAGAAAUUACAGCGCUUACCUUUAUACUAUACCUAUGUCCAGAGGGAAGCCAGAUAGUAUGGUAGAGAUGAGGGGGCAGAGUAGGCAGAGAAUUAGAAGAACUGGUGGCAGUCGCAAAACGAGUGAUCAACAGCCUUGCCACUCCUCGCUCACAGUUCCCACACAAGGGGAGGGGGGAGAGGAGAUAGAGAAAAGGUGACGUGAGAGGCAAGGGAACACUACUACUACAGAAACGACAGCACUUGCGGGGAAAGUACUGCGACUUGAGAUAGAGAGAGAAAGAGAAGUGGUUCGAUGUGAAAAGGAAAGGUUCGUGCUAUCUUCUGCAGCCCUUGAGGGGGCACGGCUCAGCACCACAUGACAACGCCCUCCUCCCCCUUCGGACUUUCCCUUUCAUCCAUGUCGCUCUUGCGGAGCCCACCUCCUGAAACUCUCUGUUCCGUAGGAAAGGGGGUGAGAGGUUUUCGUCAAAAAAUUUCAUGGGGGGGGGGGUUGACCCCCUCCCCUGGCUAUGCCAAUGCAUCCUGUUGCAAACGUGUGAAGGACACUUUUCCUGUUGCCCCAGAGCUUAUCAUCUCUUGCACAAUAAAAGUGAAAUCGCUAGACAUUGUUGACAGUGAGAUCAAGGCCUGUCUUCCUACCAGCGAGCACAGGUGAGCAGAGCACUGAUGCAUGAGGGCUGGCAUGCUCAUGUGAUGGGAGCAAUGACCUUAACAUCAUGGCGAUAGACUGCACAAAUACUUUUUUAAAUUUUUUUUUGCACAUGUGGAGAAAGAUUGGUCUGAUCUUCUUACAUGUUUAAACUGGUAUCACUCUAUGUUAAUAUUGCACAUACCUACAUAUUACAGUAGUGGACAAUAAGAUAUAUAUAUAUACCUACAAACCUGCCAACUCUCCCAAAUUUUUGUAAUGUUUACGAAUUGGGCCUUUUUCUGUGAUUUUGGGAAUGUUGCGUCAAGUUGUAUGAAAAAAAAAAGAAGCUUUUAAAGGUGUUGAAGAAUUAGGUGCCGUGAGAUUGGAAAAGAUGCCUACAAGGAAGAAAUUGCGAUGGUACCGUGCUAUCUUAUUGUGGCAGCACAAGACAACAUAUGACAAAGGGGUACUAGCUUCUAGCAAGCUUAUUCGGACAGUUUCCUAAUGUAUGCAAUAUUGGUAAGAGCAAAGUCAUUGAAAGACUAGAAAUUAUGUGUGGCUUGUCAUCUGUGCUGUCCCAAGUUUGUUUCUGCUUGUGUGCUGUGUCUAAAGGUGAAUGAACCAUCAUUAAUAAAGUGUGUACGUAUCCCAUAAAAGAUGUGCAUUCAGGGCAAAAUUCAAUAAAAACAUGUGCGUCUGUGCCCCCUCCCCCCCCCACCUUCCACACACAUGCACAGCUUGUCAUGGCCACAAAAUAUUUAUGAAUGUUUAAUGUUUUUCAAGUUGGCAGGUAUGUACCUAUGUUAUUAAGCUAGCAUUUGCUUUUUUUUUAUAUUGUCAAGCAGGAUGUACACUGUUGCAGCCAGAGGGACGUGUAGAUGGAAAAAUGUUUGUGUAUUGCUCGUGUCAUAUAGAUUCACUUUCCACUUUGUUUCCACUUUGUUAAUUUCAUGGUGCUCACUGUUGCCUGCAUUUGUGAGUUUUUGUGUGUGUGUGCGUUUCUUUUUUCUUUUUCUUUGUUCCUCGUCAUAUAUAUUAAACCUGCAAUAGCAUGCCAAGCCUUUCGCUUGGUUAACUUCUCCCUUUCAUCUUUAUGCGUUCUCUCGCUAGCAUGCUCAUAUUUUCGGACAUGCUGGUUGAUGUAGCUGGUUCUCUUAGGAUACGUUCUUGGAAUAUGCAAGUCACGUGUAUGGUAGGUAGGCUGUGCAGUGCAAAUAACGUGGAGGAGAGUGUUCAAGAGGCUAUCGUGCAAGGCUAGGGGUCUGGCAUAACGCAAUGGCGACUUUCUGAGUACUUUAGCUCGGAAGACCCAAAAUGCAAAAUAUAUCUUCUUGUACACUACUGUACGUGCCUGUCACACAACACACAUGGUACAAACUUGGCCAAAUGAGUCUCCAAAUAAGCACCGUUUGAGAUCGUGCUCUAAUGCAACAAGAUCACUGCCUUUUUGGUGGACAGUUUUUUGAUGCUCUGAAAUGAGUUGUGCUCGCCUCAGACACUUGCCUCUGUGCUGGAUACUGGUAGGUAGUAUAUUGCUAAACAGUCAAUGUGGUAUGUUGGAUUAGGUGUAGCAGGUUUAUUUCGUUUCCUUCUGAGUAAAAACAGCGACUAUAUAUUGCUCAUGUGUGCUCUAACAAGGAUUAUUAUUAUUAUUAUUAUUAUUAUUAUUAUUAUUAUUAUUAUUAUAUGCCUUAUGAAGGUUGCUGCACCAGGCAUCUAAGAUGAUAAAUGUGCCUGCCUUCUUUUUAUACUGAAAGCAGAUACAUUUGUCAUAACUCUUUUUUUCCUUUUUUUAAGGAAUUGGAGCGCUGCAGAGGUAGUUUGAGAUCUACAGUCUAGGUUUUGACUUGAAAUCGCCACUGAGUUGCAUGUCUCUUAUUCCAUUGUUUUUUUUUUACUAUUUAAAGAAAAAUGAGAACCGUAGUCGAGGGGUACAGAUGCAUGAUGGCAGGCCCUCGUAAGUGCCAGUGCAUAUAAAAAUGUAGGUUCGCCUUUAACUUUGUUCUGGAGGCACCUUUUGGUGCAUAGAGACGAGGUUAAUUUCGAAUGCCAUUUUAAAUGCAAAUCAUGAUAGAAACAUGUCUUAGUGUUGGUUAUAAUGUGCUACAUACAUAUUUUUCUGCAUUAGUAAUCGUACAUCCACAAAUUGUCAACCUACGCUCACUCUGGCUGUCUGUUGAAGAGUGUGGAAUGGCAUGUUUCAUAUAGUCCAGUACACAUUCGUGUUGUUCACUAUAGUAGACUAAAAGCUGCAAGGUCCAAGUGCUGUGACUUUUAAGAAUUGCUGCGUAACUUUGAUAAGUGGUCCAUGAAUAAGCAUUUUUUCAUGACUUUGUAUAGGCUCUUGUUUUGUUUGUUGUUUUUAGUGAUGGCCGCCACAUCUGUUGUGUUUGAUGCAGUCUCUGCCACCUGCAAAUUGCUGGUGCCUUUUAAAGAUGCAAGACCAGACAAUUGCAUGAUUACUGUAUAAUAUAUACCUGCUGAAUCAUCUGCAUUUCUCUGUUAGCAUGUCUGGCUAGUUGUUAACAGCAUUUUGCUGUUAGGUGAGCACUCAAGCUGUGACAUGACACUCUUUUUAGCAGGUGUUUUGCUCCAGUACAAGUGUGCCAUUUUACUUGCCCUUGUCGCUGGUGUCCCAACCACUUGUGUUGGAAAAGUUAACCAGUUUCACAACCCAGUAUGGUGGAUCAGCAGCUGUAGUGUUCUGCUGCUGAGCACAAGGUUGCUUGUCAGAUUCUCUGUCACAGCACCCACAUUUCAUUUCGCCCACAAAACACCUGUGGACUAUGCUUUGGGUGCACAUUGAAGAACUCCAGGGAGUCAAAAUAAAUCCAGAGCCCUCCACUAUGGUGGGUCUCACUCUCAUAGCUUUUGUGCUGUCUUGGUUGCUGAACCCCAUAAUUAAAGAAAAAUCAGUUCUGCUACUUACACGUCCACUACUUUGUGCACAGCUGUGCAGAACUGAAGCCAUUCUUGAAAUUCUUUCAGUUUAGCGGUAUGUGCACUGUCAUCCUGCAGAGAGUGCGUGAACUGGCAUAAUUCUGGGUUUGACUGCUUCUGUAUCUUCAAAUUUGCGUAUGAUAAAAAUUUAAUUUACAGUUUGAA